ACAAGAACUCCCCGUGGCUCACCACGAAGCUAUUUAACUAGCUAAGGGCUGCUUUUAAUUAGAACAUUUAGUAACGGGGUGUAGCUACAGCAGAGGGGACAUUUUCUAUCUUCUAUCUUUCUUUUUUUUUCAAAUAAUGUCAGUUUAGCGACGUUACUAGCAACAAAAACGUGACUUCUAGCGUUAGCAGAGAAAGUCCAUUAUCCGAAGGGCAGCAUGUAAAGAGGCAUCACUAACAGAAUAUAAACAGUGUUCAGCCUUAGCAGCAGACCUGCAGUUCUCCUGGAGCUGUUGAACUUUGUCUCAUUGACACUUGACAAAGCUGCGGACGGUCGCCGGUAUGUUCCCCCUGGACUCGCCGUGGAACAUCUCGUUUGCAGGUUGCGGCUUCCUCGGUAUUUACCACAUCGGUGUGGCCAGCUGUCUGGUGGAACAAGCUCCUUUCCUGGUGCUCAACGCCAGGCACAUAUACGGGGCAUCCGCUGGAGCCCUCUCUGCCACUGCUCUGGUCACAGGAGUAUGUCUUGGAGAAGCUGGUGCGAGCAUCAUCGAUGUUGCCAAAGAAGCGAGGAAGCGGUUCCUGGGACCCAUGCAUCCUUCCUUUAACCUGGUGAAGAUUGUGCGUCACAUGCUGCGCCGCACCCUGCCAGCCGAUUGCCACCAUCAGGCCAACGGACGGUUAGGAAUCUCUCUCACCCGAGUGGCAGAUGGAGAAAAUGUCCUGGUGUCGCACUUCAACAACAAGGAGGAGCUGGUGCAGGCGUGUGUCUGCAGUGCCUUCAUCCCAGUGUAUUGUGGCAUCAUUCCUCCCACACUGCAAGGAGUGCGGUAUGUUGAUGGAGGAAUCUCAGACAACCUGCCUCAGUACGAGCUGAAAAACACCAUCACAGUGUCCCCGUUCUCUGGAGAGAGCGACAUCUGUCCCAGAGACACCUCGACCAACAUACACGAGCUGCGAUUCACCAACACAAGCAUCCAGUUCACUCUCACCAACCUCUACAGAGUCUCCAGAGCACUGUUCCCUCCAGACCCAAUGGUUAUGAAGGCCAUGUGUAAGCAGGGAUAUAAAGACGCGCUACACUUUUUAAAGAAGAACGGAUUGCUUAAUUUCAAUGGGCCUCACAGAGACAGACCCCUGUUUGCUAGUGGCGAAGAAAAUGAGGAUUAUAAUGAUGAUGAGGAGGACAAUAAAAGUGAUGAAGAGCAGGAAAAGGCCCACGUGGAAGAGGGAACAGCGAUGGUUCAUUGCAGUUCCUCCACAGAGGACCAUUUCAUGGAACACCUCCCACUGACCCUGCACAAAGCUCUAGUUGAGGCCUGCAUGGAAAGGAGGAGCCUGGUGCAGUCGCUAAGCAACAUGCUUCCUGUCAGGAUGGCCUCAGCCCUGAUGCUCCCCUACACUCUCCCUGUGGAGUCUGCCAUGUCCUUGACUCUCAGACUUCUGGAGUGGCUACCAGAUGUGCAAGAAGAUGUGGGCUGGAUUCGAGAGCAGGUAUUAAAAAUCCUGCAGCAUGUCCUUCGCCAGACCUCCAAAAGCAUUUCCCAGCAUAUAUCUGCAAGGUUUUCCUGUCAGCUGGAGCUGCACCACUACCAGUCCCUCCCAUCCCAGUUCAGCUCCACCAGCCUGUUUCCCACCUGGGUGAAUGGGAGCAGUUCCUCAGUCUUAGAUGUCUUUACGCGUCUCGACCAGUACAAGAGGCAGCUGCUGUCUGGAGUGCUGUGUAUCAACAUGGACCUGCAAGGCUCCUUCAAAACUAAACCGAUGUCACCAAAUGAGAGCCCUCCAUCCAUGCUCUCCCCAGAAGGCCUCAUAAUGCACAGAGGCCUUAAUAUUCCACCUGCUGCCGACUCAGGAGAAACCAUCAGCAGCUCCUAAGAGCCUCUGCCAGGUUUCUGCCGCAGAUGCUGCAGCAAUGAGUUUCAGACUUACAUAUUCUAGAUCCAGGAACAUUUGAAAAGAAUUUAAAUCAGAUGUUAACAUCUGUUUACAUCUUUACAUUUAUAUAUUUUUAAGCUGCCAGGAAGACAUUUGUCAUAUAAUCAGCUCCUUUUCAUAGGGGUUGGAAAUAGUGAUAAGUUACUAUAUUUACAAUAAAGUGCGUAUGAAGUCUUUCUUGAGUAAUUCCUAAGUCUUUUGGGACAAGCCCAUGGACGCAGUUUGUCUGCAGGUCGACAGAAGUGCAUUUAAACUUAUGCACGUAUGCUCAAAACAGUCAUGUACAAACUUGAAUUACAGGACAUUACAAACAAAAAUGCGCACUUGAAGUAGCACGGUUAAAAUAGGCGAGUGUUUAUGUUUUAAGUGGAAUGUAGUCAGACCAGUAGUUAAGCACAGUGUUCCUGCUGCAUCCAGUUACAAGCUCCAGGUUACUUCUGGUGGAAGAGACUGACUGGAGGAGGGAAAACAUUGGAUGCAUCUGUUUGUUACAGGCAGUUACUCCAUUUAUUUGACGCAAAUGUCAAUGCAGUAUUGUGAAAAAACAUGGUGUCUUUAUGUUUCUAGGUUUGUUUGAAUGUCGAUGCCUCAUGUCUUUACAAUUAUUUAUAUGAAAAAAACAAAACAGCUUUGCUCUGCUUUCCCAAUCAUAGAAACCUGUCUCCUGAUUAAGUUAUGUUUAAGUUACAACUCUUUUAGAUUUCAUUUUAAUUUCACAUCGUAUUGAAUUGCUGCUUUCAAGUCUUUGAACAAUGAUUUUGAUGUUACAUUAUGAAUUUACACAUGUUAAUGCGUAAACAGUAAAUCAAAAAUGUGAUUUUGUUUAUAUUCAUCAAAGAAUCAGUUUAAUCUGAAUUGCACUUUGUCAUUUGAUGUUGCUCUUUGCGUUUAUAGGUAUUAACCUACCUGUUUAAGUCCUUCUCUUGUACUGUGUAAAAUACGUGUGUGAUCGAGCCCCAAGUUGUGCCUUAAAGUCCAAUGAAACAAUUGCCAAGUUAAUUUAACAUAUUGUCAAAAUGUUGCAGGGAAUACUAUUUAUGUGAUAAUUAAAUAAACUGGU